AUGCGCCUUUCAGCCAUGCUGAUCCUGGCAGCUGCCGCAGUCGCUUCCUCGAAGCCUGUCGACUCUGCUCCCUCUAUUAUGUCUUCCAUUAGCAACGCCAUCGCAGCUCCGCCAUCCCCGCCAGCACCGCCCGUCCCCGCAGGCCCUGCAGCAGCAGCUGGUCCUAGUGGUCCUGCGCUACCAAGCAAGCCCCCAACCGUGGUGAUAGCUCCGGGCGCCUGGCACCAACCUACCGUGUACGAAGCCCUUCGCACCGAGUUGGGUCUGCUCGCAUAUCCAUCCAUCUCGGUCGCGCUCCCCAGCGUCGGUGCCAAGGAUCCGAAUGUCGGCAUGCAGGCCGACGCAGCUCGCAUCCGCACCGAGCUCACGCGACAGGCUGACCAGGGCAACAACGUCAUCCUGGUCGCGCAUUCGUACGCCGGUGUCCCAGCCUCCACUGCAGUCGCCGGGUUGAGCGUCAAGGACCGCGUGGCGGCCGGCAAAAAGGGCGGCGUAGUUGGGGUGCUCUAUCUUUGCGCGUUUGUGCUGCCAGCGCAGGUCAGCCUGUCGGAUGCCCUUGGAGGGCAGUUCCCGGCCUGGUUCAACGUCACAGGCCAAGUCAUGAACCCCAUCGACCCCGCCCGCGUCUUUUAUAAUGACCUCAGCGACCAAGCGACUGUCGCUUGGGCCGUAUCGCAGCUGCGCUCCGAAAAUGUCAAGAUCGUCACCGAGAGCAAUACUUUCCAGCCGUGGAGCGGAGGUAUCCCUGUUGGCUACGUGUAUACGACCCAAGACAAUGCCGUGCCUCUGUCUAUGCAGCAGAGCAUGACUGCCGGGUUCGCCGAGGACGCGUUCAAGGCCACUAUGAACACCGGCCACGCGCCGUUCCUGAGCCAGCCCAAUGCGCUCGCUGCCAACAUCAAGGCUGCAGCGGUCCAGUUUGCUGCCAGCAAGUAA